CUUUUUUGUAUACGACACCAUUAAAGCAUUUGAUUGACAGUGGGGUGAUAAUUGCUUAGUCAUUAGUCUAGGAUCUAAUGAUUAUGGUUUUCAUAAGUUUGGCGGUAUACUGCCUUUAUCAUUUCAACUGAGUGCUGGCAGAGUUGUGAAGGUGGUUGACACUUUCCGGCUGCCCAUAUCAUGGAAGGCUAGGCCUUCUUAAGGCACCUGAAAAAGGAGGGUUAGUAGGUGGUCUCAGAGAUUAGGGGACAUUUGCUAGAGGCCGGCCACGUACGGCCUUUUUGAUGCCACGACAAUUGACCUGUAUUAUGGAAGGUGUGGUAGAAACACUGAAAACAGACGCAGAGACAACAACGGACAUGCUCACACCACUACUGCAGAAGGUCUGGAAGGAAGGGAAGGUACCGGCAGAUUGGAAAAAGGGCUAUCUUGUCAAACUGCCGAAGAAGAGCGACCUAAGUGUUUGCAAGAACUGGUGCGGAAUCACGCUCCUGUCCACCCCAAUCAAAAUACUAAGCCGCAUCAUCUUGAAGAGACUAAAGGAUGCUCUGGAUUCAAAACUACCACCGGAACAGGCUGGCUUCAGGAAGUACAAAUCAUGCGCAGACCAAAUUGCAACGCUUUGCAUCAUCAGAGAACAGAGCACAGAAUGGCAAUCAGCUCUCUACCUCAACUUUAUCGACUUUGAGAAGGCCCUUGACAGCGUUGACCGAGAGGUAAUUUGGAAACUACUUCAUUACUACGGAGUACCACAAACCUUCAUCAGCCUCAUUCAACAACUAUAUGAAGAUGGCACAUGCCAAGUAAUUCACAAUGGAAAGCAAAAUGAUGCCUUUGGAGUGAAGACAGAAGUAAAACAAAGCUACCUACUAUCACCCAUGAUAUUCUUGAUUGUGGUCGACUGGAUCAUGCAACAAACAGUAGGGAGCGAGAAGAGAGGGAUACGCUGGACCGCGGAAAAGAUCCCAGAAGACUAGGAUUUCGCCGAUGACUUGUGUCUGAUGUCACAUAAACUGGAAGAUCUACAGGCGAAAACUGACAAGUUGACAGAAGAGGCAGGCAGGGCAGCAAAGACAGGAUUUCAAGUGAAUAAAGAGAAGACAGAGGUGAUGAAGAUACCCAGCCAACAAGAACAACAAACUCCAAUCACCAUCAACGGGAGAAACUUAAAGGAAGUAGUCUCUUUCACCUAUCUA